AUGGCGGAGUUCCCCAAGCACCCAUUCCUGCUCACCGUUGAAGAGACUGAGCGGGCCCUCGGAACGCAUGUCGAUCGAGGUUUGCUCUCGGAGCAGGUGGCUGACCUGCAGGCGAGACAUGGCACGAAUGAACUCGACGUCGGCGGGACUAUACCGUGGUAUAGCAUUCUCGCAAAGCAGAUUCUCAAUGCCAUGAUUAUUGUUCUCGUAUUUGCCAUGGCUCUUAGCUUUGGUAUCCAAGAUUACAUUGAAGGAGGUGUCCUCGCCUGUGUCAUCUUCCUCAAUGUCACCAUAGGCUUUUGGCAGGAGUACCGUGCGGAAAAGCGCAUGGACGCUCUCCGCGCCUUGUCUUCUCCCAGCGCCAUGGUCCUUCGCGAUGGCCACACUCAGGUCAUUCCCAACUCCCAAGUUGUCCCCGGAGACAUUAUCCUCCUCAAAAUGGGCGACACCGUCCCCGCAGACCUGCGCCUCUUCGAAGCCAUGAACCUCGCCUGCGAGGAAGGCCAGCUCACCGGCGAGUCCAUCCCGGUCGAGAAAAUCACAUCCAACGACAUCACCGUCCACGGUUCCGAAACGGCCGCCACCUCUGAAGGUGAGGUCGGCAUCGGCGACCGCAUCAACAUGGCCUACGCCACAACCGUCGUGCAAAAGGGCCGCGGUAGGGGCAUCGUCGUCGCCACCGGUAUGGCCACCGAAGUAGGUAAAAUCGCUGCUUCGACAUCCAAGAAGAGUCGCAAGGCCGGACGUUCGAUGAACUGGCGCAAGUACGGCAAGAAGCAGCCUGUCGUUGGCUUGUCGAAGCGCAUCUAUGACUUUGUAGGCAAGUUUCUGGGUCUCACGGUAGGAACGCCGUUGCAGCGCAAGUUGUCGGCCCUGGCCUAUCUUCUCUUUGGCUGUGCCGUGAUUCUCGCCAUGAUUGUCUUUGGUGUCAACCACUUUAAUAUGCGACACGAGGUCAUCAUCUAUGCAACCUCGUUGGGCAUCGCCAUCAUCCCCGAAUCCCUUGUUGCUGUCCUGACAAUCACAAUGGUCGUCGCCGUCACCGUCAUGCGCAAGGCCAACGUCGUCGUCCGCGACCUCUCCGCCCUCGAAGCCCUCGGCGGCGUCACCAACAUCUGCUCCGAUAAGACCGGAACGCUGACCGAAGGCGCCAUGAUUGUGCGCCAGGCAUGGAUCCCUUCUUCUCACGUCUACACCGUCCACGACUCUCAGAGCCCUAGUGAUCCCACAAAGGGGCGCGUCGUUUACACGCAGAGCAAAGACGAGACUCCGCAAGAGCCCGUGGAAGAGAAGAAGCGCGACUUUGACAAGGAGCGCAGUGCUGCCGUGCUCAAGUUUGAUGUUCCGGAUGAGAAGCUCAAUAUCUCGUCGUCGAAGCAGCCCCCAAGCCCGGAGCCAGAGACUAAGAUGACAGAUGAGUUGCGUGCGUUCCUGCUCUCUUCUGCGCUAUGUAAUCUUGCUACUGUGAGGUUCGAUCAAGAAGAGGAAAAGUGGCAGACUACUGGCGAACCAACCGAGAUUGCAUUACAAGUCUUUGCUCAUCGCUUCAACCACGGCAAGAAGACUCUUGAAGGAGAAGGCUGGAGGCAAGUCGCCGAGUUCCCCUUUGACAGCUCCAUCAAGCGCAUGUCGGUCAUCUACAACGCCCCUGAAGCUGAAGGCAGUUUCAUUGCCGGCUCGGAUAAUAGCAUCGUCUUUACAAAGGGUGCCGUAGAGCGCAUCCUCGACAUGUGUGCCUUUGCUGGCAUUGGCGAAUCUCAGCAGCCCAUGACAGACGAAAUCAAAGAGUCCGUUCUCGGGCAGAUGAAUGCCCUCGCAUCGCAGGGCCAACGCGUUCUUGCUGUGGCAUAUCGCCCAUGGGAGGGAAGAUUCACAUCCAAACAAUCUAGCUCGAGCUCUGCCGAAGAGGACGACAAACUACGCUCGACAGUCGAGCAAAACCUCGUCCUUCUCGGCCUUGCCGGCAUCUACGAUCCCCCGCGUAGGGAGACUAAGCCUUCUAUUGCCGAGUGUUCUCAAGCUGGUAUCAAAGUCCACAUGCUUACUGGUGAUCACCCGGAGACGGCCAAAGCCAUUGCCAAAGAGGUCGGCAUCAUCCCUCGAAACCUCAAUAUCCUGCCCGAAAGCGUCGCGGCAUCCGUCGUAGUCAAGGCUACAGAGUUUGACAAGAUGACAGACGCCGAGAUUGACGCGUUGGAGGAGCUUCCGCUGGUCAUUGCACGCUGCGCUCCGGACACCAAGACCCGCAUGAUUGAAGCGCUUCGUCGGCGUGGAGCCUUCAUGGCCAUGACGGGAGACGGCGUCAACGAUGCGCCGUCUCUUUCUCGAGCAGAUGUCGGCAUCGCCAUGGGGUCGGGCUCCGACGUAGCCAAGUCCGCGGCCAAGAUUGUCCUCACCGACGACAAGUUCAACUCCAUCGUGGCCGCGAUCCGAGAGGGCCGCCGCAUGUUUGACAACAUCCAAAAGUUUGUGCUGCACCUGCUCACGUCCAACGUAGGCGAAGUGAUUCUCCUCGUCGCGGGCCUCGGCUUCGUCGACGACAUGGGCUUCUCCGUGUUCCCCGUGUCGCCCUUGCAAAUCAUCUGGAUCAACAUGGCCACGUCGUCGUUCCCGGCGUUUGGGCUCGGCCGCGAGGCCGCGGCCCAGGAGGUGAUGCGCAAGCUGCCGCAGGACAAGAAGCGAGGCGUCUUCACCAACCAGAUCAUCGUCGACAUGAUUGUCUACGGCAUCCUGAUGGGGGCGUGCACGCUCUGCACGUUCUGCAUCAUCAUCUACGGGGCCAGCGGCGGGAACCUCGGUUACGACUGCAACACCAAGUUCUCCGACGCGUGCAUCCCCGUGUUCCGGGCUCGAGCGGCGACGUUUGCGCUCCUGACGUGGCUCAUCCUCAUUUCCGCGUGGGAGUUUAAGAGUCUCCGCCGGUCCAUGUUCCGUCUCAACCCCAACGACGACAGCUUCUUCCCCUUUUUCAGGGACAUUUACAGCAACCGGUUUCUGUUUUGGUCCGUCAUCAUCGGCAGCCUGUCCGUGUUCCCCGUCGUCUACAUCCCCUUCCUCAACACGCGCUUCUUCAAGCACACGGGCAUCUCCUGGGAGUGGGCGCUCUCCGUGGGUUUCACGCUGGUGUUUGUGACGGGCAUCGAGCUGUGGAAACUCGCCAAGCGGCGCUUCCGGCUGCUGGAAGACGGUGCCGUGCAGAGGGGCCACUGGGGCCAAGGGGGUCCGGAAGACGACGGACCAAGAUUCAAGAGGACGUUUUCCAUGUCGAGCUUCAAGACAUGGGUAUCGUUCUCGAGGAGGGAGACAGGGGACAGUGUCAUGAUGCGAGCGACUACUCAGCCUCGCGUAGCACAUGUACCGGUACAGGUAUGA